CCGGCUACGUUGGCAACAUGGCGUCCCCUGAUGUCCACGUUCGAAUAUGUGAACAAGAAAUACUGAAAUAUGACUUGGAAAUCAAAGCUCUGAUCCAGGAUAUUAAUGAGUGCUCAGGGCCGCAGAACAAGCUGACAGAACUGAACGCAGAUGUGAAAAAGAGUUUCCACAAUCUCAGACUGAGGAUCCAGGAUUUAGAACAGAUGGCGAUGGAGCAAGACAAAGAGUCAGGCAAGCAAACGUUGAUCAGUCAGGUAGAGGGACACAGAAAACAGAUGCUGAGUAACCAGACAGUUUGGAGGAAAGCUAACCUCGCCAGCAAACUGUCCAUAGACAUUAUGGAAAAGCAGGCACUUCUGAAUGGAUCAGAUGGUGCUGUGAGACAGAGGAAGUUGACCAAAGAUGGCCUGGCCCAGACAACCAGCGACAUUACAGAAAAUCUUAUGAGCAUCAGUCGGAUGAUGGCACAGCAGGUUCAGCAGAGCGAGGAGACCAAGACAUCACUCGCGACCUCCUCCAGGACAAUCCAAGAGACCAACGAGGAAUUUAAGGCCAUGACGGGGACCAUCAAGCUCGGGAGAAAACUCAUCACCAAGUACAACCGAAGGGAGCUCACUGACAAACUACUCAUCUUCCUGGCGUUGGCUCUCUUCUUCGCCACAGUUCUCUACAUCCUUAAGAAGAGACUAUUCCCCUUCCUGUAGACCAAGGUAACUCCGAGGACACUCUCCCGUAACCACACACACUACGAUCCACAGUCGCAGCAAAUUAUUUAAAUAAUUCUAAAGGCUUUGUGUCAUAUUACGCACACAUUAUUCACUAGUGUCCGCUCACUGGAAUGUUGUCUGCUCACUCGGCUGAGCUGUGUGCUGAGGGUGAAAUAUUGUCCACAAAGUGGAAGAUAAACCUCCGCACUCAUAUCUCCCGGCAGUGUUUUACUUAUAAAAAAAUAUUUUGGUCUACUUUUUUUCAUCAAACAAAGAGAAUCACUCAUGACGGCAGAUGUAUACGUGACGGCACAAAAUGUGUCAGAGGUCUGUCUUUAAUUAGUCACACAGUAAUGCUGUGCAUUGCUUUUAAUAAAGUCAGAUGUGGGGGGAUGGGAGAACCAAUAUUUUCUUUUAAAUGUUCCUGUAAAGCAUCCAUUACAUUUUUUCUUCUCAUAUUUCCCAAUUAUGCAGGGGCUACCAAAAAUGCGUUUUGUGGACUAGUUUGCUUCAGAUUUGUUUAGGAAUUAAGUUCAAAUGUCAACAGAAUCAGUAAGAAUAUGAUUAUCAAAACCCUAUUGCCACUGUUCAUAUCAGCUCAACAUACUUUUAAGGUCAUUAAUGUGAUGAAGGUAAUAUUAUAAAAAAGAUUAAGUAGGUUGGGGACCGUGUUGGCCUUAUGGAUAUAUUCCUCAGUGACUUGUGCUUUGACCAAACCAUUACAGUUCUGACUGUAUUUUUAUUUAAUAUCAUUAAUUCACUGUGCCAGUCAUGUUCAAGCUUUUUGUGUGAUUGUUAAUUAUAUACUGUAUAAUUACCUAAAGAUAUAAUUUAUUAUUACAGUGUAAUGAGCUAGUGCUAUUUUUGAUUAUAGAAAUAUUAUUUUUUAAUAUGUAUCCACACAAUCCCAUCUACACUCACUCCCUGUAUGUGUGUUACAAGCCCAGUUAUCACAACGGUACCUUACAUGUGCACUUCAGUUCAAACUGUGCCUAUAUUUAUUUGGUUGGCAUGCAAACCAAAAAGAAAGCCUCUGUAUUUGGUGUAAGAGUCAACACUCUCCAGCAUCUCUGCCCAUGCUGGAGUGUCUCUGUUCUGCAGCGCAGCACAAAAGCUCAGAGAAGCAGUGGCAGUCAUCACGCAGGCUAGAGAUAGAGCAGCAUGCAUCCCUGCCUUUCUUCAGAUAAGACCCGGAAAAGCAGAUUAUUCCGACCCGUUUCCCCUCUCCCUUUCCAGUAUGGGUGGAGGUUGAGGUGGGGGAUAUUUUUAGGGUUGUGUGGAGCUGUUAUCUGACAUUGCCUUUUCAACACCUCGGAGGAGAGGGUGGCCAGAGGAGCUACAUGACCUUGCCACCCUUUCUAAAAUCUCCUUGCAUUGCUCAUAUGUUAAAUAUAUGUAAAUGCUCUUCAGUAUUGAUGAUCAAUAAACACAAAG